CCCCGACUCCCCGACACUACACACAUAUACUGAUAUACAUUGUUGUUUUUUCGGGUACAUGCACGGUUCUCUCCUGUGGAUGUUCUCGUCUGUUCCAGAAGUAUUUUUGAUCAUAUUACCCAGUAUACUACGAGACAACGACAUCAGAAAAACGAAUUUUUCGUAGACGAGAAUGUCUGACGAUACGAGAGGCAACGAUGACAGAAUAAUACCACUGGCAGUGGUAGUUGCACCAGAUUCACCAAGAAAGCAAGUGAAAUCAACGGCAGUAGUUAAAUAUUCAGCAGUAACGACUCCAGCAACAUUUGCCCAGUUGCAAUGCAACACGGAUUUGAAUCUCCCGCCAAGCAAUUGGCUGAGCAGUUCAGCCGAGAGUUAUGGUUUGCAGAGUGUCUGGUCGCAAAGCACAGGAUUUUCGAGUUUCCGUAUGGCUCACAUGUUUCCUGAUUGCGUGGGUGAAGUUGAUGUAGUUUCGGACGCAGAAAACAUCAAAAGACUGUUGAAAAUGCCAUACAAUAACGGAGUUAUAUCGAUGAUGGUACAUCGUAUAGAAAACACACUUUUGCUUGAUGAUUUUGACAUCCAAAAGUACCUUCUGCGUCAAGCUGAAAGCGAUUGGGAAUGGCUCAAGAAAUUUGUGUAUGAGCAUAUUUUUCAAAAUGCGAGUGACAAAGAGAAAAGACUGUUCUACAAAUCUAAUAGCAGAAACGCUUUGCAACAGAAAAAUUUGGUGUCUAAAUUUUUGUAUCAUUCUUUGGUGCUUGCGGACAACAAGGAUAAAGUGAAAACUCCCCCUUUGCCUCUGAGUCCGCUCGAACCUGUACUUCCUGAGCCUACUAUUGAAGAAAAAUUACCUGAUCCAAAUCAGAGUCACAAUUUUGCAAGAAACGUUGUCUGGACUUUUGAAAAUAUUCAAAUGUUGAUCGGCACUGAUAUGCCCAUUUUUGGGGGAAAAACUCAUCCGUGCAUAAGCCUCAAACUACGCGACGUUAGUAAACCCAUCAAUGUUCUCACUGGUAUUGAUUAUUGGCUUGACAAUCUCAUGUGCAACGUUCCCGAAGUCGUUAUGUGCUAUCAUUUGGAUGGGAUUGUCCAGAAAUACGAACUGAUCAAAACUGAGGACUUACCUAAUAUGGACGACGCGAAAUUCAGCCCAAAAGUUAUCCGGGAUGUUGCUCAAAAUAUUCUUAGCUUUCUUAAAAACAAUGCGACUAAAGCUGGGCACACAUACUGGCUUUUCAAAGGCAAAGAUGACGACGUAGUGAAGCUUUACGAUUUAACAUCGCUUUGCAGCGAAGCAACGGAUGUCAAAGAACAAAAUCCAUUCACUGUACCCGUUGCUAUGUUGUUAUAUCGAGUGGCACGAAACAUGAAAUACUCGCCGGAUUGUCACAAGCAGAGAGGAACGAUAAGGAUGUUGUUGGAAAAUUGCGUCGAGCUUCUUACCAAAGAGAAUCAUCCACAAAUUAUGACAUCGGCUCAUUACAUGUUAUCAGAUUUGUACGUACCCGCCGACACAGAUCCUGCUAAACCGACUCUUGUUGAACAAACUGAGGAGGAAGAUGCCUCAAGUGAAUGUAGCAGUAAUCAAGAAAAUUCGGAAGUGAAUGAAAGAAAUGAAGACGGAAGCAGCGCGGACGUUAAAUUGUUGAUGCUCACUCAGAUACAAGAGCAACCAGAUCACGAAGAACACAAAUAUAAACCUCCAAUGAUAAGCGGAACAGUAGCAGAGCGUUGUCUCGCUGCUCUCGACCAUGUUUAUCAGGGUCUGGAGUGUUUAAAAUAUUUCCCAUCGGCGGAUAAAACCGGAGAUGAAACAGAGAGCUCGAAUAAUGUGGAAGCAGCUGCAAAUAUUAAAGAAGAAGAGCAGAACAUGGCUAAGCCGUUUCAAGCAAUUCCCAUGCCCUAUGCACCGUUGAACAAGCCUGAGAGUGAAUCCAGCAACAAUUCAGCGAACAAUAGUCCGGGUCAUCAACGGAAAAAGGUGAAAUCGAGAAAAAAAAAAGUUGAAAAGAGCUCGUCGAAAGAGCAGGUCGUUUUAGACGGUUCGCCAAAAGCUUUGUUGUGCAAAGCUAAAGUGGAAACUCUGCCGACUUGGCAAGCGCCGAAAAAAAGCGAUAAUCUCAGCUGGAAAACUCACUUGAAAACACUUUUGUACGAAAAAGCAACACUCAUUUACUCCGUACUCGCCGAAUACGAAUACUCCAACAACGCAUACGGCUCCUCGUUGAGAUAUAUAUUAGCUGUUUUGCGCUGUCACAAAAUGCUUCAAGUUUUUUGCGAUGUCAACAACGACAAGAGUAUAAGCUACUCGCUCGGACGGGCUGGCGAUUGUUGCUUCAUGACUGUACAAGAUUGGCGCAAUGUCGAAGAUCAUAAGCGGGCAUACGGGCAGAAAAACGAAAAUGAGGAAAAGAUCGUCGAGGAGAUUCUUAAUAUUGAAAACUUGGACUCGAAUGAUGCCGAAUUACUACCAAAACAAUUUGAAACUAUAGAGUCAACGUUUAUCGCAUCCCUCAAGUGUUACGAGAGAGCGCUCGAACUCGAUCCUUUAGAGCCUGACAAAGUAAUUCUUAUAAGAAGAUUGGGAAACAUAAACAACGAAUUGGGAGUUUUGUAUAUGAAUCAAGCUGCUGCACGAUAUCAACACACGGGUGCGAACGAUGACGAGUCGAUGCCCAAGGACCUCAUCUCCGAUGUGAAUAAUCUUCUUGCGCGGUCACAAAGUCAUUUUGAUUCAGGAUUGAAAGCUUUUGAGACUGUUCACGACGAGGCGAAUCUCGCGCUUCUGUAUUCCAACACCGGCCGUCUCAUGCGCUUGCGGGCUCUUAUGCAUUCGCAAAUUCCCUCUCAAGAGCGUCAUUUUCAUAAUAAAGAAUUGGCCAGCUAUCAAAAAGCCCUGCAGGUUUUGGGCUCGAGAAAAACAAACCCAGUGAUUUGGGAUGCCGUUACGUGGGAUUUGUCGACGACACUGUACACCGUUGCUACUCUUCUCCAAGAUUAUCCUCCCGGAGGAAACAAAACCGAAGAAGAACUGGAACGCGAAGUUGUGGACAUGUUACAAAAAGCUAUCAAGUACUGCGACACCGAAACAUCCGGGCCUCGUCAGCCCGUUUAUCAGUUUCGUGCUGCGACCAUUCAUCAUAGACUGGCAUCUUUAUAUCAUCGAGUUUACCGUGAAUUGAAAGCAGACAUCGAUAAUCACAAACGCAAAAAUUCACUCAAAUUGAGCAAACUUUAUUACUCGAAAGCUGCUAAAUUGUUACUUUCUUUGGAGCAACCCAUUGAAUACUUGACGGUUCAAUUGGAAAGAGUCGCCUUGGUUGAAAAUCAAGCAGAAUCGGCGACGAGUUUCAACAACAAGUUAAAAUUUUAUCAGAGCGGUCUGGAUCUCAUAAUCCAGUGUCAACCGAUCCUGAAGGUGCUUCUCGAAAAAGCGACGACUGCGAGCAAAACGAUUGUAGUUGCGGAUCAUAAAAUGACUGAGAAUAUAACCGAGGUGGGAAAUAUUCCGGAGGCUGGAGAUUCGAACGCCGAGGAUCGUAAGCAAGGAGAGGAAGAGGAAAAACUGAUACUGUUGUUGGAGCAGAGGUUACAAUAUUUGUUGAAGUCGCUUAUAAAGUUGUGUCGUGAUAAAAAUCCUGACAGUCUCGAUAAAGCAGUCUCGAUCCGUCCAUCGAAGUCUGAAAAUCUUGUGAAUCUCUACAAACAGUGUUACAGCCUUACGCUGCAGCGUGAAACACUCUCAGGCCUUAGACUGCUCGACCAUAUGUCAGAGGUGUUGGGUGUCAUAGAACGAAAUAUAAAACAGUGCUCGGAGUCUUAAAUUAAGAAAAAAAGAGGACAAAAAUAACAAAAAAAAAAAAACAACUGAAAUCUUCGUUGUUUUUUCAAUCGCCUUGAUACUUAUGCUCAAAAACGCAACGUUUUUCAUACGGCUGUUGGAACUAAGUACAAGUCUCUAUUUUUUUUUAUACCUAUCAAACUGAUUAUGUAAAUAGUGGCUUCUCGAGAUACACUUUUAUUUAUGUUUUAGUAUUUAAGACGUUAAUAAAUUGAAGUUAUUCGA